GUACAAAUUCAGAAAAAAUGACCUGGUUGGAAAUUUGACAUUCGCCAAGAGAUUUGGAGAGGGCACUGUUGUUCCACUUGUUCUUGACUGGUCAAUUAGCGACGGGAGAUGCCCACCGGUGCCGCAGGGUGUUGACAAGGCAAAUAUUGAUCCCAACGGCGCAUGUGUUAGCACCCAGAGCUACUGCGUUAAUGCUAGCAACAGCGCGACGGGCUAUUUCUGCAACUGCUUCGAGGGAUACACCGGCAAUCCAUACAUAAAAAAUGGAUGCAAGAAUAUUAAUGAGUGCUUAAAUAAGAACAUGUAUCCUUGUCAUGGAGGGAGAUGCCACGAUUUAGAAGGUGAUUACGAGUGUAAAUGCAAUUUUGGACGACGGGAUGACGGUAACAAGGGGUGUGAACCCGUAUUGUCCAAGGCUGCAGUAGCAGUUAUAGGAACAAUCAUUGGCAUUGCAUUACUCGUGGUGCUACUCAUAUUCUUACUCAUGGAGCGAGAGAAAAGAAAGCUGAGAGAUAGGUUCAACAAGAACGGCGGACAACUAGUCAAAAGCAUCAAGAUCGAGAUCUUCACCAAGGCAAAGAUCAGAUACAUGACAAACAACUAUACUUCUAUCAUCGGCCAAGGCGCUUUUGGGACAGUCUACAAGGGAACCACCAGCUCCGGUGAGAACGCAGGUGUUGCCGUGAAGAAGUCCACCGCUAUCAAGCAUGACUGGCAGAAGGAGUCCUUCGCGAACGAGAUCAGGAUCCAGUCCCAGAUCAGCCAUCGGAACCUGGUCCAGCUUAUAGGCUGCUGCCUGGAGACAGACGUUCCUAUGUUGGUGUACGAGUUUGUUCCUAGGGGAAGCCUCUAUGACGUGCUCCAUCUCAAGAACGACCCUCUUCCCCUCGAGACACGCCUCGACAUUGCCAUCUACUCCGCGGUUGCC